AAAUCUUUUACAAAAUAAUUACUGUAACGGUAGUGUAGGUGGAAGUACAACCGGCAGUGAAGGUAUUAUUGGUUCAGGUUCAUCAAAUAUACCCGAACAUGAUGAUCCAGGAGAUGGUUUAGGCCCUCUGCCGCCUAAAUGGGAAACAGCUUAUACCGAAAGAGGAGAAUUAUAUUUUAUAGACCACAAUACCGGCACCUCACACUGGCUAGAUCCGCGACUUUCGAAAUAUCAAAAGAAAUCUUUGGAAGAAUGUGGAGAAGAUGAACUGCCCUAUGGUUGGGAAAAAAUUGAAGAUUCUCUCUAUGGUACCUACUACAUCGAUCAUGUCAAUAGGAAAACACAAUAUGAAAAUCCUGUACUAGAGGCUAAACGUAGAGCAGCCGAGCAAAAACAACAACAGCAGCAACAACAUCAACAUUCUCACAAUCAUCAGCAUCCACAUCAAUUGCCACCACAACGACCACAAACACCAUCAUCGUCUAGUGUUUUGAAUGGUACAAACGCUAGUAUAGCUUUAAGUUCAGUUUCAUCAGCUUCGACACUCUCCACAGUGGAUAUAUCACAACGAGCCAUGCAACCACCACCACCAGCCAUGAUGCAAGAACAAAAUGCCAAUAAACCACCUUUACUGCCAUACAAAUUUACCCGUAAUCCGGCAGAAAUGCAAGGGGAACGUAUUACCGCUACUUUACUGAAAUCGGCUCGCGGUUUAGGUAUCACAAUAGUGGGUGGUGAUGAUGGAGUAGAGGAAUUUUUGCAGAUCAAAUCAAUAGUACCCAAUGGUCCGGCUUGGCUGGAUGGUCAGCUGCAAAUGGGCGAUGUUUUGGUGUAUGUUAAUGAUACUUGUGUUUUGGGUUUUACGCAUCAUGAAAUGGUUAAUGUUUUCCAGUCAAUUAUGCCGGGCGAAACGGUAACCCUAGAAGUAUGUCGUGGUUAUCCUUUGCCGUUUGAUCCUAAUGAUCCCAAUACCGAGGUAGUGACAACAAUAGCUGUUGAUGGCAUUUCCUCGCACGAACCAGACAAACAACGACGCAUGCUUAUGGAGCUCAAUAUGGAUGGAAAUUAUAAUUUCCUGGACAUAUCGGGAGCUAGUAGUAAUGGCGGUAACAAGCACAAUCUUAGCACGGGAAGUGCUAUAGACAACAGUGGUUUUAUUUUAAUGAAAAAACCAGAAGUACAUACGUUUUCCAUAAUAAAAGGUGCCAUGGGUUUUGGUUUCACCAUAGCCGAUUCCUCUUAUGGACAAAAAGUCAAAAAGAUAUUAGAUCGAGCUUGCUGUAAUCAGCUACAAGAGGGAGAUAUAUUAUUGGAAAUCAACGAUAUUGUGGUACGAAAUAAAUCCCAUGUGGAUGUAGUACAAAUACUUAAAGAUUGCUCCAAAACAGAGCCGACUAUGGUGAAAAUACAAAGACCAGUGACAACAUCAACAACAGCAGUUAAUAAUACCUCGCCUAAUAGUGCGGGCCAGUCGGCAGCUGGGGGUAAUAAUACGGUAGCCAAAUUAAGGAAAAAUUUCCUGGGAGCCACUACGGGUGGUAUAGGCAAUAAUGCCUUGUUCCGCAGCAAAACGCCUACAGCUGAUUUGUAUAGUACUAUGCAAAAGGAGAUACUACCAAUUAGACCAAAAACACCUCUGGUGGAUACACGAAGAGCCAGAGUGAAUACACCCAAUAUGGAGCUGACAGAAGACAGAGAAGUGGCUGCUGUAAAUACCAGUGCUGAAGAAACGGCACUAGAACGUUCUUUAGCGGAAAGUAAGAGCCACUUAAAUGAGGGUAGUAAAUCGCAAAAUUCUUUGUCGGAAAUCGAUGCCAUCAAUCAUGAUAUACCCUUUAUGGAUCCAUAUCCCAAAAUGGUAACCAGUCUAAGUGAACGUUUAGCUGGCGUAUCCAUGCCCAGUGAGUCAAUGCACAAUAAUGGUCAAGCGACAGCGGCAGUGGGAGGUUAUUUACGUACUACCGCCUCAGGUGUGCCGAACUAUGAAAAUCAGGGAGAUUAUGUUAGUGCGGGUAGUGGUAAUUAUAGUUCCAUCUAUGGUUUAGCACAAAUGCCACCAGUAAUGAGUCCUCUAAGUGGUGGACUCUAUGGACCGCCUACCAGCUCAUCAGCCGCAACGGCCGGACUAAUGGCACCUGCCACAGCUUCUUACCAUCAUCAUCAUGAAUCCUGCUUUUGCUACGAAUGUCAAGAUUUUCGUAAUAAUCGUUUAAGAAAUUCCUCCGCAACGCACAAUUUACAGCCCCCCACGCAUCCUCAACAACAGCAACAACAACCCUCACCACGUAGUUAUUAUCCGGUCUAUCAUCAGCCUCAACAUGGUCACAACCAAUAUUCACCCGCCUCCUCAGCCAGCCUACAGGCAGCUCAUAUACAAAACGAACGCAUGCAAAAGAGAGUCAAUGAGCUGUUGAACGAUAGAAGACGUGUGGGAUUUUCACCACUCGAUCAUCAGCAUCAUAAUCAAAUGCAAAUAAAUACCGGCAUAGGAAAUUCAAAUGUGAUGGUUAGUGGUGCGGGUGGUUAUUCUCCUUCUCAGCAGCAAUAUUUACACCAACAUAACGUACAUGGUGGCCUAAUAAAUCAGUCGCAGCAGCAGCAACAUUCUCCGGCUCAACAGCAGCUGGGUAACUGGCAAAAUAAUGCGGCAGUUAAUUAUAAUAAUCUACAGCCUGUUGGAGCCCUAAUGCGUAAUGGUUUUCCCGAAUCCAGUGACAUUUUAGAUGGCUCAGGUGAACAGUUUACUUUAUCGGAAGUGACGUUACAACGUCAGGCUUUGGGUUUUGGCUUUAGAAUUGUGGGCGGCACUGAAGAAGGAUCUCAAGUGACAGUGGGUCAUAUUGUACCAGGGGGAGCAGCGGAUAACGAUCAUCGUAUAACAACAGGCGAUGAAAUACUUAGUAUUGAUGGUAUUAAUGUGGUUAAUUCCUCACACCACAAGUAGUUUCCUUAAUGGGAGAAGCUGCCCUUGCGUGGUCAAGUGACAAUGAUUCUAAGACGACGAACGCGACCCGGCAUAACACAACCUCAACUGCAACAGCACUCUAUGCCACAGCAAUUGAUGGUCCAACAACAGUCUAUGUUAAAUAAUACUGGUCUAACAGGCAAUGUAGGCAUGCUGCAGCAUCCUUCUCCUUUACAGCCUAUGAUGCGUAACAAUCCUAUACGUUAUCCUUAUGAUGUUAUAGUAACAAGACAUGAAAAUGAAGGAUUUGGUUUUGUUAUCAUUUCUUCGUCUAAUCAAUAUUAUGGCUCAACAAUUGGCAAACUUAUACCGGGUAGUCCAGCCGAUCGUUGUGGCGAACUUAAAGUGGGUGAUCGUAUAAUAGCGGUAAAUCGUAUUGACAUAGCCGGCAUGUCUCAUGGGGAUGUGGUCAAUUUAAUUAAAGAAUCUGGUUUACACGUACGUUUAACCAUUGGCUGCCCCAAGGAAGGAGCUAUUAUAAAUGCUGCACCCACUAUGCCAGCCGGCAGUGGUAUUAAUCCAGCCUCCAAUGUAGCGGUUGGCAGUACAGGUUUAUUAUUAAAUUCUGCACAAGCUUCACCUGGCCAAGUGUCACAGACAUUAACGCCUACGCUACAAACAAAUUUAGAUCCCUCAACACAAUACUUUGAAAGACCACUACUUAGUGGUGGCUCAAAUGCUGGCUCGGCUACAUCUUCAACGUCGCAUCACCAGCAAACAGCUCAACAAUCACCAAAUCCUUUACCAGCACCACCACAAUUAUGACUUUGAGAUUUACGCAUUAAACUCUUAAAGAGUUUUCUUUAGUAAAUAUUCAAGAACCCUUAAAAACCCACCCUGCACCUUUCUCACCAACAUCUAGCCUUAUUAAAACCUAUCUACAAACUAUCUACCUAAUUCCAAUUCCACAUUGACCAUCAUUAGUUUUAAUAUAAGUAUAUAAAAUGUAUAUACAAUUAGUUUAAACAAAACUUUUUUUCAAAAGGUAAUUAAGUUAAGUUAAAAUAACUAAUAUUUUAUUAUAGUAAUGUAAUAUUAACUAACGUAUUUAAUUCAAUCCCUUAC